AUGUAUCUCCCGCAGCAACUCCUCGCUUAUACAUACACUGAACAGCAACAUAACACCCGCAACGCACACCUGCAGCAGCAGCAGCAGCAGCAGCAGCAGCAGCAGCAGCAACAGCAGCAGCAGCAGCAGAAAUCUCGACAAGAAACGCAGCGUACAUAUGUGCAACAAACAACACACAAUGUGCCCACACACAUGCAAGAACGGCGGCUGCAGCAGCAGCAGCAGCAGCAGCAGCAGCAGCGGCAGCUACAGCUGCAGCAGCAACAGCAGCAACAACUGCAGCAGCAGAAGCAGCUGCAGCAGCAGCAUGAACUGCAGGGAUAUGAUCCACAUCAGCAAGACCAAGACCUGCAGCAGCAGCAGCUGCAGCAGCAGCAGCUGCAGCAGCAGCAGAAGCAGCAGCAACAGCAGCAGCAGCAGCAGCAGCAGCAGCAGCAACUAGAAUCACAGCAGCAGCAAGAAGUAAUUUCAUCAGUAUUAGCUGCAGCAGUGCGGCGUCUGGUGCGAGCCAAGAGCGCGCACGAGGAUCCCCCUGACCAGCAGCAACAGCAGCAGCAGCAGCAGCAGCAGCAGCAGCAGCAGCAGCAGCAGCAGCAGGGUCUAGGUUCUUUCGCAGACACAGACACAAAAGGUGUAUUUCCCUUCAGCAGAGAAGAAACAGAGCUGGGGUUGGCGCCGACAUCUGAGGAGAUAGUUGCUUACGUUAUGGCGAGAGAGAAGCAAGGAUCAGCUGCAGCAGCAGCAGCAGCUGCUGCUGCUGCUGCUGCUGCUGCUGCAGCAGAAUCACUACUUUCCAAUGCGCAGUGUCAAAGACACCACGAAUAG